AUGGCGAAAACGAUCUCGAACAACGAUGAAAAUGUUGAGGUUGACAUUGAUUCAUCAAAAGACGAUGUUGAUGCUAGAACUGGCAUGAAGAAGGGACCGUGGACCCCACAUGAAGACAUGAUUUUGACAGAGUACGUGAAUAAGCAUGGUGAAGGGAAUUGGAAUUUUGUUCAGAAGAAUUCAGGAUUGUUAAGGUGUGGAAAAAGCUGCAGACUUAGAUGGGCUAAUCAUCUGAGGCCGAAUCUUAAAAAGGGUUCAUUUUCUGAAGAGGAAGAAAAAAUCAUCAUUGAACUUCAUGCUAAGCUUGGAAACAAAUGGGCUCGAAUGGCUACUCAGUUGCCCGGAAGAACAGAUAACGAAAUCAAAAACUUUUGGAACACAAGAAUGAAAAGGCGUCAAAGAGCCGGCUUACCUCUUUAUCCUCCAGAAAUCCAAGCAGAAGCUAUUGCAUACAAUGAUAAACUAUUGCAACUACAACAUCAACCUUUAUCUUCUUCAUCAUUAUCAUUUUCUUUACUCUUAUCUUCUUGUUACCCUAAGAAGAUUGAUGAUCCAAACCAUUAUGAUUAUAAUCUUCUAGAGAACAACUCUGGUUCUGCUAACAAUCACAACACCAAUCCAUGUCCACAAUUCAACUUUUCCAAUGAUGAAAACAUUGAGAUUAAUGAAACUCUUGCUUUGCAAAAAUCACCUUCACUUUCACCUUAUCCAUCUUCAUCAUCAAAUCUUUUCAACCAGAAUUUUACUCCUCCAAGUGAUUCACAUGAUUACCAAUACUCUGAAAAUUUGAGCUUUGAACAUCAUGGAUUCAAUGCAGGAUCUCUGUAUGAUUCUAAAACUCCUGCUUCAUCUUAUGCUAGUGGCGUUGAUGGUAAUUUUAUGGGAAAUUCAAGCAUGGUUAAUGAUUACUAUGAAGUUGCACCAUUAUCACAUGAUGGAAAAAAUAGUGGACUUUUGGACGAUCUUGUGAUGGAAGGUAGAAGUAUUUCUUGCAAUAAGGGGGAUGUAUCUCAUAAGAGGAAAAACAUGGAGGGUGAAGAAUACGAAGAUGAAGAAGGCAUUGUUCCUUUGGUGUCAACCAUGAAGAAGAAGAAGAGCAUUGAUGAGAGUCAGAAGAAAGAUUUUAGCUCUUCUCAAUUGUCAACAGGAAAGAAACCAGCCCAGGAGGAUCAGACGGAAGAACUGAAUACAAUGUAUGAUGAUGAUUUGGAUUGCUUGCUCAACAAUUUUCCCUCAGAAAUACCAAUGCCUGAAUGGUAUUGUAGAGGAAAAAGUCAGUCAUUGGGAACUGAAAUUCCAACUGAUGAAAGCGGUCCCACCAAUCAAGAAUUUGCUUGGACUCUUGGAUCAAAUUGGAACAACAUGCCAGGCAUAUGUUAA